GCUGCAUGAGAUUUCAGCUGCUCUGUAGGAACACUGUCCUCUCUCACCUCAUGCUCACCACUGGCUCUCUGCAGGACUCUGGACCAAAAUCAUACCUUUUAGAGGAAUAAUGGGUUCCUAUAACUCCAACCUGGAUGAUAUCAUGGAGGAGGACAUGCACCACUGGUACGCCAAAUUCAUGAGGGAGUCUCCUUCAGGACUUAUAACGCUCUUUGAGCUCAAGACUAUGCUUGACAUGAACGGUAUGACAGAGGAGUCCAGCAGCUAUGUGGACCAGGUCUUCAUCACCUUUGACAUGGAUGGGGAUGGCUAUAUAGACUUUGUGGAAUACAUCGCAGCAAUAAGUUUAUUACUGAAAGGAGAAAUUAACCAGAAACUAAAGUGGUACUUCAAGCUCUUUGAUCAAGAUGGAAAUGGGAAGAUUGACAAGGAUGAACUGGAGACCAUAUUUAAGGCUAUUCAAGAUAUCACCAGAAAUUAUGAUGUCCCUCCAGAAGAGAUUGUAACUCUUAUAUAUGAGAAGAUUGAUGUCAACGGAGAAGGUGAGCUGACACUGGAGGAGUUCAUCAGUGGAGCCAAGGAUCAUCCCGACAUCAUGGAAAUGCUCACCAAGAUGAUGGAUCUCACCAACGUCCUGGAAAUCAUUCUUAAAGGCCAACAGAAGAAAGAUCUGAAGAACUGAAUCUAGAAACAACGAGCUGGAUUGUGGGAAUUCAGAACUUUUUUGGAGGGUUUUCAGCAUGCAGCAGUGUUGAGGAAACGCUAUAUGUGCUUGAUUGGUCAAGUCCCGUCUCAAACUGCACAGAUUGAACUGAAUGAACUGACUGAGCGGUCCAACACAGUAGAUCUCUCUGUAUAUCGCCCGAGGGAAGCAGAGAAGUUGUCUUCUUCCCUCUGCUUGUGCUCUCACAUUUCUUGAACUGUGACCCUUACGUUUUACAAAGUUUAAAAACAUUUUUUUUUACCAGGUGAUGUGUUUGGAAAGUCUCAGUGAAGGGAGACACCCAUCUGCUUUCAGAUUCCCAUCAUGGUUCGAGUAGAUGGUGCAAAGUAAGGUGGCAAAAGAA